CACCGGGAAGGAAAAGAAGAAGGGGUUCAUCUUUUGGAGCAACCCAACUCUAAUCUCCCUCCUGGUCUAAUUAGCUGACUCUGCCGGGUCGCGGGCAGGGCCACGUACCCCGGAUAAACACGCCAUGUGAGGAUGUAAAUCGAGGGUGACGCCUGCGGGUAAUGGAUGGUGAAUGCGUCAAUGCUAAGCCGAGCCUAAGACCAUUUCUGUCUCCUUCCACCGGCUUCAUCCGUCCUCUGCUUGCAGAUCCUAGAUUGCUUGUUCAAACAACCCGAGGCCGGUACCCCGAGCUAGUGCACACGGUGCUCUGGGCCGUCGCCUCCUGAGACACGAGACACUAGUUAAAUAACUCACUCUUUAAACUCACCUUUGGCCCGUCAAAGUCCCUGCAGAGAGAGGGAGGGAGCAGAAGGAGGACAGGUUGAAGACACAUUAGAUCACAGCCGAGCAGGGACAGGUGAGCUCCUCCUUCGGACUGCAACACUGAGCAGAGACGAGCUGGUUUGUCACCCGUCGAGAGUCGUCAGCUGUGCUUGCUGUUAAUAAUUAACCGCCACAAGAGUGCUGACUACUUUUAUCAGCACUUCUGUGGUCUCUUCAGGUACAGAUUCAUCCGCUGUUGAAAUACUGUUUAAACGGUGCCGGAGAAACGGGAGAAACGGGACAUAUAUUUAAACGCAGUGAUGAGACACACGCAGCAACUUGUGUCAUGUAGCGCCUUGAAAGAGAUUAUUUCUUUUUAUUGUGUGUGUGUGUGUGUGUGUGUGUUAUUAAGCCUCUCCUCCUGGUCAGGACAUGGCCGGGUACAAGCCAAAGGUGAUUUCUCUAACCAAGAGGCCGGGUCAUUCGUUUGGCUUCUACUUGAGGGUGGAGCAUGCUGUGGAGGGUCACCUGAUCCGCUGCCUGGAAAUGGGAGGUCCAGCUGAGCUGUCCGGCAUGAAGGAUGGAGACCGCGUUCUGCAGGUCAACGGAACGCCUGUUGAUGAACUUACCCAUUCGGAAGUGGUGGACAUGAUCAGGAACAGCGGAGCAUCGGUUACAUUUCACACCCUGGAUGAAGCCUCCUACAUGGAGGCCAAAGCAGCCGGAGUGAACCUGUCCGAUCGUCGGAGCACUCCGGUUGCCAACGGUUCGGCCAAACAGCCUCUGAAACCCAAACUCUGCUACCUGGUGAAGUCCAGCUCAGGCUACGGGUUUUCCAUUCGCUCAGCCAAAAAUGAGGACGGUUUGUUCAUGACCGAGGUGAUCCCAGGAGGUGUCGCCGACAGGGCCGGGGUCCGUGCCAACGACCGCCUGCUGGAGAUCAACGGAGAGAACGUAGAAGGCUCCACGCACGAUCAGGUGGUGGCCAAGAUGAAGCUGGCCGGCAGCAGCAUCAUGCUCCUGCUGGCUGACGAGGAGACGCACAGGCACUACAAGAACCGCCAGGAGAAGAUCGCAGCGUGGUUUGCCACCGCGCAGCAUCUCCCGCACAAGCCGCGCAUCAUCGAAAUGACCAGAGGCUCCGAUGGCUAUGGCUUCCUGCUCGAGCAGGAGAAGAACCGAAAAGGCCACUUCAUGAAGGACAUAGAGCGAGGCAGCCCGGCGGACAGAGCGGGUCUGCAGGAGAUGGACAGACUGGUAGCCGUGGAUGGCGAGGAGGUUCAAAGCUGCAGCCACGAGCAGGUGGUGGACAAGAUGAGGCAGAGGGGAAACGCAUGCCGCCUCCUGGUGGUGGACAAAGUCACGGACCAAAUGUAUAAGCUGGGAGGAGUGUCUCCCAUGGUCUUCUUGGGGGAGAUGAAAGAUUCCAACCCACCGCCUAGCUACAUAGAAGCCCUCAAUUUACCUUCUCCCGCCCAACAAGCCACACCUGAACAAAGUAGGCAGGAGGAGCUAAAGCCCAAACUGUGCAAGAUGGAGAAGGACUCCAGUGGCUAUGGCUUUCACCUGAACAGCCUCCAGGGGGUGUUUGGACAUUACAUCAAGGAGGUGGUGAAAGGUGGAGCAGCUGACACGGCGGGUCUGCAGGACAACGACAUUGUGGUGGAGGUGGACGGGGUGAACGUGGAGGAGAGGAGCCACGAGGAGGCGGUGGCCAUCAUCCGCGGCAGCGGCAGCUCGCUGGAGAUGCUGGUGGCUGACAAGAGCGUCUACGACCACUUCAAAGCCAAAGGAGUGACCAUCACGCGCCUGCUCCUCGGACAGACCUCUUAUGCUCAGGUCCACACUGCAGACACCCACGAGGAACACGGGGAACGCGAGGAGGCCAGACCCCAAACCCCAACGGAACCAGCGAGAGAGAGGACCACAUCAACUUCAUCUGAAGACAGUUCUGACGAGAGACUCUGAAAAAAAAUCACCAAAUCGACCCACUCUCCAAUUCGGCCUUAUAAUGGCUUUCUCAAUCUAACGUGUAUCCAUCAUUUUCUAAACAAUCAGCUCUGAGGACUUCACACAUGCAAUCGAUAUCACAGGAGACCAGCGAUGUGGACAGUCCAGACCGUUGAUAUCUAAACUCAGGUGGGAUAAUUGCAAGUUUAAAGAGCUGAAAAUACAUUUUUGUGGAUACUUCGAUCUUCCUUUGAUGAAAAUAUUCAAUUUACUUGUAGACAACUAAUGUAAAAUAUCUACCAAAACUUAAGAGCUUAAGCUACUGCUAUUAUUGCCAACAGUAAAUACUGAGGCCUUUCAUGUACUUUUUUCCCCACCGAAUGCAAAAACUACUGCCUUUAUUUAAAGAACAAAACAUGAAAAAAAAAAUUUUCUCCCAGUUUUAAGAGAAUGAAAUGAAUCAAAAUGUACACAAAGACCAAUAGAUCAAAACCUACUAUCUGAA